CACGCCUUCCUUCAGUCACUCGCCGGCACCCAUACGGGUCGGUCGUCUCUUUACUCGAACGUAAAUGAAACCUAAUUAAAACAAUGCCGAGAUAACGAUAUAAUUCGAGCAGAUAAAGUUUUUUCCGCAGUAUAGAUAUUUGUUAUCAUUCGCGAGUUUUCGAUUUACCUAUUUAUUUGUUAUAAUUUCGGUCCCGUCGCGUACUGUGAAACAAUUUACGAACUUUUGUAAAUAAACUGAAAGCUGCUAUUGAUAUCAAUACUAUGAUGAAAUACCUGUUGCUGCUGGUUGCGGCGCUGGCCGUGUCAUCGGCGUCCGAGCCCCUCAGGCCCUCCUGCGAGCGCCCAGUCUACUGCGACAGCAAACUGCUCCACCAUGUCAUGCUCCAGCGCAUCUUCCCCGACUCCAAAACCUUCGUCGACCUCCGCCUUACACAAGACCCCGAUACAACCCUUGCAGAAUUCGACGCUCUCCUCAACGAAACCAACGAUAAUCCCACCAAAGAACAAGUCACAGAUUUCGUUUCAAACCACUUUGCAAAUGGUAGCGAACUCCAUGACUGGUCGCCACCAGACUACAAUCCUGACCCGAUAUUCCUCGCAUCGAUCCGCGACCCAACUCUUCGCCAGUUUGCCAAAGACAUUAACUCCAUUUGGCCGACCCUGGGUAGGCAAGUCAAGCAAGAAGUCCUCGAUAAUCCUGACCGUUUCAGCUUGAUCCCAGUGACUCACGGAUUCAUCAUCCCUGGAGGCCGUUUCAAAGAACUUUACUAUUGGGACACUUACUGGAUCAUCGAAGGGCUGCUUAUAAGUGGUAUGGACGAGACUGUAAGAGGUAUGAUUGAGAAUCUUAUCGAAGUGCUGAACAAAAUUGGUCAUGUACCCAACGGUAGCAGGUGGUACUAUCAGGAGCGCAGCCAGCCGCCGCUGCUAGCCGCAAUGAUGUCCAUAUACAUCCGACACACCGGAGACAUCGCGUUUUUGAAAGAAAACAUGAAGCAUUUAGAAACUGAGAUCCAGUACUGGCUUGAUACGCAGCGUAUUACUUUCAGUGUCGGUGAUCGUGCAUUUACGCUGCUCAGAUAUUAUGCUCCUAGCCUCGGACCACGUCCUGAGUCUUAUUAUGAAGAUUAUAAGAGUGCACAAGUUUUCACAUCUGAGGAACGUAAACAGGAGUUCUACGAAGAUAUCAAAAGUGCAGCUGAAAGCGGCUGGGACUUCUCUACUAGAUGGUUUGUAGACAACGCAGGGAAUCUAUCCAGUAACUUGACUGAAGCCCACACACGGUACAUCAUUCCAGUUGAUCUAAAUGCUAUUUUCGCAAACUCCCUCGCUAACGCCGCACACUUCGAAGCUUUGCUGGGUAAUAGGUUCAAGGCGAAUUAUUACAGAAAGCUGGCUAAGCAAUGGAGAACUGACAUAGAACAAGCAUUGUUCCAUGAGAAAGACGGGGUUUGGUAUGACUAUGAUUACGUGAACAAGCAUCACAGACGAGAUUUUUACCCGACCAAUGUGGCUCCGCUGUGGAUGGGAGCUGUCGAUAAGGAUCAUGUGAAGAAACAUGCCACUCAGGUGUUAGAAUACUUGCGUCUGUCGCAUGGCCUUGACUAUCCAGGUGGAGUGCCCGCCUCCUUGAUCCAGAGCGGCGAGCAGUGGGAUUUCCCUAACGCGUGGCCUCCGCUAGUCAGCAUGGUUGUGAACGCGGCUGAAGCGUUGGACACUGACGAGGGGUACCAGAUGGCCUUCGAAGUUGCCCAGACGUGGGUACGGGCUUGUUUCAUAGGUUACAAUUCAACUAAGAGUAUGUAUGAAAAGUACGAUGCGGUCGUGCCUGGCAACUAUGGGGGUGGCGGAGAAUACAAUGUGCAGUCUGGGUUCGGCUGGUCUAACGGUGUGGUGCUGGAGUUCCUCGCCAAGUACGGUCAGUCGAUGACGGUGAGCGAUGACCCCGAUGACAGCAAGGCAGCCGAGCCGCUCAGUGCUAAAUACAAGAUCCAUCCAUAUUUUGCCGCCGCCGAAAGUAUUUAUAAUCCGUCUGCAGAUGAUAGCAAUUCCAAAUCAUGUUCGACUAAAAGCUCGCAAGUGACAGCGAUGAUGGCGCGGCUGUUGCUGCCGCGCGUGUAUCCUGUGUUGGGCCUGCUUGGGGCGUACGCGCAUGCCAUCAUCGUCGUUCCCGCGUGCAACUCCUCCAUCUACUGCCGCGGCGAUCUCUUACACAGAGUCCAACUAGCCCGCGUAUUCCCCGACUCUAAAACAUUCGUCGACAUGAAACUAGUUAAAACCGAACAAGAAACCCUAGCCGACUUCGCCGCGUUUAUGCGUAAUACGAACCAGAAUCCAUCCCGAGCGGAACUCACUGCAUUCGUCAACGCACACUUCUUGGAAGGAAAAGAACUUGAAGAUUGGAACCCGCCCGAUUUUAAUCCUGACCCGCCGAUGUUGAACAAUAUUGUGGAUCCCCAACUGCGACAAUUUGCGAAAGCAGUGAUCAGUAUAUGGGCUAGGCUGGGCAGAAAAGUCAACCCUGAUGUUUUAAAAAAUCCGGAUCUCUACAGUUUUAUUCCUGUGCCAAAUGGAUUUAUUGUUCCCGGAGGACGAUUCAAGGAACUGUAUUACUGGGAUUCUUUUUGGAUAUUAAAGGGACUUAUCAUUUGUAACAUGUUGGACACGGCGAGAGCCAUGGUUGAGAACUUGCUGCAUCUGGUUGACACGAUUGGAUACGUGCCCAAUGGAAGUCGAAUAUACUACCUGGGUCGCAGUCAGCCGCCGCUGCUCGCGGCGAUGGUCUCCAGCUACUUCUCAGCGACUAGAGAUGUCGCCUGGCUCAAGCGGCAUCUCCCCACUGUAGAAAAAGAACUUGAAUUUUGGCUAAGCAGAAAGAAAGUUACUGUCGAAGUUAAAGGAAAGAAAUACAUGCUGCUUCGUUAUUAUAACAAUCCUAAAAGUAAAGGCCCACGACCGGAAUCGUACUACGAGGACUACACUGUGGCUCAGAAGUUGAAGACGGAAGCAGAGCGAAACCUGUUCUAUAACGAGAUGAAGAGUGGAGCGGAGAGCGGGUGGGACUUUUCGUCGCGGUGGUUCGUCACCGCCGGCAAGGACGUGAUGGGCAACCUCACCGAUGUGCACGUCAGUCGCAUCCUGCCAGUCGAUCUCAACGCCAUAUUCGCUGGAGCUCUCCAACUGGUUGGUGAUUUCCGGAGCAAAUUGAACGACAGACGCGAGGCGCUAAAGUGGUACGGCCUGGCCAAGUACUGGAGGACUGCGAUAGAGCAGGUGAUGUGGGACGAGAGUGACGGGGUAUGGUAUGACUACGACGCGCAGGCGCGGGCGUUGAGGAAGCACUUCUACCCGAGCUGCGUCACUCCGCUGUGGGCGGGAGCUGUUGAGAACUACGACAGCCCGAAGUACGCGUCACGCCUGGUCAGGUACCUCAUGUCUUCUGGAGCGUUCGACUUCCCCGGUGGCGUGCCGACGUCCAUCAUACACUCGGGGGAGCAGUGGGAUUACCCUAACGCGUGGCCGCCCCUGCAGAGCAUCAUAAUACUGGGGUUGGAUAUGUCCGGCUACGAAGAGGCGAAGAAACUUGCGAAAGAACUGGCGACGCACUGGAUCCGCGCGAACUACAUCGGUUAUACGACGUUUCAGAAGAUGUUUGAGAAGUAUAGUGCGGUGCAGCCGGGACACCAGGGCGGUGGCGGGGAGUACAUGGUGCAAGAUGGCUUCGGAUGGACCAACGGAGUAGUUCUCGAACUGUUGCAAAGAUAUGGAAACGACGUUCAUUUAGAUGCACAACCAAAAUCUAUACCUUUCGUGGAACAAAUCGUGUGAAUAUUGAAGACAAAAGACCGUUAAAAAGUAAUUAUUAUGUUGUCCUACUUAAAAUCUGUAUAAAUUAUUAAUUAGUUGUAAGAUUAGUGUAAGUGUAAAAACUUGUACAGUGAAGUAUUCAAUAUGUAUAAGUGUUAAGCUAAAUAUGUGAUAUUUGAUGUCAUGUGCUGACAUUGUAGAGUAUUCUACAAAGUAGUAAGAAUAAUAAAUACUUACAUAAAUUAAGUUGAA